GUGCAGCCGUUGUAAACCCUCGAGCCGCCACACUGAGCUUCAGUCACCAAACAGCAACCCGUCGACUCCACAGGUGAGACGCUUCCGACUCCGGCUCUUAGGUGUGCAGUUUACAUCAUGUCAGGUGUGCAAAUGUCUCUGCUGUCCUGGACCGUGCUGGCCCUGCUGCUGUCAGCUGGAACCAGUCUGGGGCAUGUUGAUGUGAAGUGGCUGACUAAAACUGUAGAAAUCAUCAGGACGAGGUAUACAGAAAGGGGGCAGUUUUGUGCUGCUGUGAAGAUCCCAGGGAACCUGGUGAACCAGCUGAAUCAGCUGAAUCAGGACCUUGAAGCGGUGCUUUCACACGACACCGAUGCAGAGAUGCAAGAGUCUUUCAACGAAAAUGAGGCAUUUUAUGAUGGUGACUCAGUGGUUGCAGCAAAACCUUAUGGUGACCAUGCAGAAUACAGUGUUUUGAAACACAUUAUGGAUGAGUGGAAGAAUGAACGUACUGAUAACUUCUUGCUCAUCUACACAUAUCUGUCUCCAUGUUCAGACAGAUGUGCAGACAAAGAUGGAAAGAAACAUAUCCUUGAAUUUAUUGAUUUUAUGACAAGCUGGGGCAAAGAGUAUGCACUUGUGUUUCAGAAACCUUACUCUGAACGUACAAGAAAUUCGGGAAACCGAAGGUCCAAUCCUGAAGAUGAGUUGAAAAAAGCUCUGACUGCAAUUGCAGACGUGAUUGGUGAUCAAUAUAUAUUCCGUUGUUACAAACCAGAGAGCGGUCCAUUUCACUGCAUCAGAUGCUUCUCAGAAACAAAGGACAUUGUUGAUGAGUGUUAUGAGACUAACCAGGAAACGCCAAGUGCAAAGAGAGCUCAUUCACCAGACUCAGGCAGUCAGACAGACAGUGAUGUAAAGAAAAGGAAGAGCUAGACAGUGACAGUGACAAAAGUAGCGGUUGCAGCAGCACCAAUACAAGUUAAAAUUUAUCGAACAAACCAACAUCAUCCCUGAACUCACAUCUGAGUGAUUGAAACUUUAUUCAUGCUUAAAAUAAUUUGUUUUCAAAUUGAUGAUUUAAAUUCUGUUUAAAAUGGUUAAACAUUAAAUUGUGUUUAAAAUGUGAAUAAAGUCAAUCUUAAAGCUGC